UGUCUGUGUAAUGCAUGUGCUUGCGAUGUGUGUAUAUGUAGUGUGUAUGUGCUUGUGGCAUGUGCAUGCAAUGUGUGCGUGUUUGCAGGAGGGGCUGUGUGUGUGUGCACUGACAAGUCUGCAGUGCACACGGCCCCGCAGAGGCCCCCCCACUGGGUCUCUCCAGCCCUGGCGUCACCCAGCACCGGGGCUGGAUCCGCGCAGCAGCGUGGGACCCGCGUGUUCCCGGUGCGUCCCCCCCACCCCAUUAAUCCCUCGCUCUGUCCUGGCAGUCCUCGUGGCCGGUGGCAUCGUGGCAGUGGCAGGGAAGUUCAAGUGCUGGCCGUUCGCUGCUUAUUCCAUCGUGGCUGGUGUCCUGAUCUGCCUGCUGGAGUAUCCCCGCGGGAGGCGGAAAAAGGGCUCCACCAUGGAGCGCUGGGGCCAGAAGUACAUGACGGCCGUGGUGAAGGUGUUCGGGCCGCUCACGAGGAACUACUACGUCCGGGCCAUCCUGCACGCCGCCCUCGCUGUCCCAGCCGGCUUCCUCCUGGCCACGAUCCUGGGCACGGCCUGCCUCUUUAUCGCCAGCGCCAUCUACUUACUGGCCGCCGUGCGGGGUGAGGAGUGGCAGCCCAUCGAGCAGAAGCCCCGGGAGCGCCCGCAGGUGGGGACCACCAUCAAGCAGCCCCCGGCCAACCCCCCGCCCCGGCCGCCCCCGGACGCCCGCAAGAAGCUGCCGGCCGAGGCCGAAGGAGCUGUCCCUGCCGCUGUCCCUGCCCCAGCGCUGGCAGAGUGAUGCGUCUCCCCGGGGCCCUGCCUUGAGCAUCCUCCAUGCUGCCUGCAGUCGUGACCUCUGCCCCAGCCGGCUUCCCCCUGCCCCCAGUGCUCCCAGCUCGGCCCCUCUCAGGGCAGCCUACCCCCUUUUGUACUGGCCUCUUUUAUACCAUAAUAAACCAGUGAAGGACGGUGUGGGCUGGGCUCCUGGUGCUGGAUUGGGGGGGAAGGUGCAUUUGCUCUCUGGGGGGCCUUGCAUGCCUUGCAUGCAGCCCCUGGCUGGGCCCCAGCUUCGCCCAGCCAUCACCCACCUCCGUCUCGGUCACAAACUCCUGCAAGACCGUUUUAGGCUGGACAUAAGGAAAAACUUCUUUGCCGUCCAAGCCCCCCAGGCCUGGAACAAAUGCCCCCCAGAAGUGGUGCAAGCACCUACUCCGGACACUUUCAAGAAACAUUUGGACAUUUAUCGUGUUGGGGUGACUGACUUCCAGCUGACUCCCUGCCCCUGGGGCCGAGGGCUGCGCCCGAUGAUCGCGGGAGGUCCCUUCCAGCCCGAAUGUCUAUGAAAUCUCCCCCCUGGCGUGCGGGGUGCAGCAGGAUGGGGGUGGGGUGCAGCCUCCUGCUCUGGAUGUCAAGGUCCUGGGUUCAAGUCCUGCUGCCAGUGAGCAGUGCACAGCUCUGGGCUCUUCUGUUGGGGGUCCUGAGAGCUUGGGAGUGGGGGGGCUGGGCCCUGAUCCCCGCCAGCCCCCAUGGGCCAAGUAUAACGGGGGUGGGCAGGGAGGAGGCAGAGCCAUGGCUGGGCUCCAUGUCCUGCAGUGCCCAGCUCUGCCCCGCAGGGGGUGCUGCAGGCCGGCCU